GUUUGCGCAUGAACGUCAACGUGUGUCCUGACACGAUAAGGUUCAACUGCAAACAACCGUUAAUGAAUUUUGAGAGGCGUGCGGUUACCGAAGCUAGCGUAGCUUUGCUAACGUCAGUUAACGUGGAUGCGUGACAGCUGAACUGAAACCACAGCACGGCCGUUUAGGACUAUUUCGACUUUAAUCUCGACAUUUCGACUUUAAUCUCGACAUUCGACUUUAUCCUUGAAAUGAUAAAUAAUAGAGGAAUCAAUACACAGGUAGCCAUAAUUGUUUUUGAUAUAUUCUUUCGUGCAUCUACUGGGAUAUUGACGUAUUAGGUCGUUCAUUUAUUGCCUCGUUUAUUUAUUUAUUUAUAAUUUUGACGGACGCUCGUUUAAUUAUUUUGAGUCGCAUUCACAUUCGCUUCACAACAACAAUAUUGAUGAAAAAUAAAAAAAAAUGUGCAACGUCGAGGUAUGUCCGCUGCGCGAAGCGGGACUUCCGGCUGUGAAGUGUCUGCCCCCUCUGCCGGCAGCUUGAACCGGAUGUCGGUGGCGGAGUGCGGUGCUCGGCCGUCACACAACUGGCCGGAUGCGGAGUGGACCGCGAAGAGGAGCGAACGUAACCGUCGUUCGAACUCUCCAGUCAAAGUCCGGCCGCAGUGAACAUGGCGCUGUGGCUGCUUGGGCCCGCGCUGCUGGCCCGAGCGGCCGCCUUCUACCUGCCGGGGCUGGCGCCCGUCAGCUUCUGCGAGCCGGGGAAAGACCAACUUCCAGACUGCACGGUAAACAUGGCUCGCCACGGGUCACCUGGAGCAACCACGACCACCGUGAUGUGGAGUGUGUGCAGUAGACAGCGGCGCGUUAGCUUGCGCGACUUCGAACUUUUUUUUUUACCAGCAGCUGUGAGCUAGCUUACGUGAGCCACAACAAACAGUGAGGCUAACGGCUACGAUGCUGAGCAGACCCCAAGCUAGCUGGUUCACCCCCUCCUCAAAUCAACCAUUGAGCUGUUUGUGAACAGGCUGGAUUCAGUUGAGUCUGUUCUGCCUUAUGAAUAUACAGCGUUUGACUUCUGCUCGAUGAAAACAGUGAAACGUCCGUCAGAGAAUUUGGGCCAGGUUCUUUUUGGAGAAAGAAUUGAACCUUCGCCGUACAAGUUUGAGUUUAGGAAACCCGCAGUGUGUCAAACGGUUUGUACUAAAACCUACGACACCAACAACCUCUCAGACAAAGCCAAGCUGGAGUUCCUCAAGAAAGGCAUGUUGCUCAACUACCAGCAUCACUGGAUUGUGGAUAACAUGCCAGUCACCUGGUGCUACGACGUCGAAGAUGGACAGAAGUUCUGUAAUCCCGGCUUCCCUAUCGGCUGUUAUGUGACAGAAGCAGGUGCAUCCAAAGGCGCCUGCGUGGUCAAUUCUAACUUUAAAGAGAAGGAUGCUUUCUAUAUCUUCAACCAUGUGGACAUCACCAUCUAUUACGACGUGGUGGAGAAUGAACAACUGGGAGCCCGGUUGGUUGCUGCCAAGAUUGAACCCAAAAGCUAUGAAAACUUUAACGAUGAAAGCCCUGAUUGUUCUGGAGAGCCAAAGUUCCUGAAAAAUAAACACACAGGAGUUUUUAAGAUUCCUUACACCUACUCUGUCAACUUUGUGGAAGACAAGAAUAUUCGCUGGGCAUCUAGAUGGGACUACAUCCUGGAGUCAAUGCCGCACACCAACAUCCAGUGGUUCAACAUUAUGAACUCGUUGGUGAUUGUGUUGUUCCUGGCAAUGAUCAUCCUAAGGACUCUGCAUAAAGACAUUGCCAGAUACAAUCAGAUGGACUCUGUGGAAGACGCCCAGGAGGAGUUUGGAUGGAAGCUGGUCCACGGAGAUGUGUUCCGACCCCCCAGGAAGGGGAUGCUGCUGUCGGUCUUCCUCGGCUCUGGAACCCAGAUCUUCAUCAUGACCUUUGUCACCCUGUUCUUCGCCUGUCUCGGGUUCCUCUCUCCGGCGAACCGUGGAGCUCUGAUGACGUGUGCCGUUGUUCUCUGGGUUCUCCUUGGAACUCCUGCUGGAUACGUGGCGGCUCGCCUCUACAGAUCUUUUGGAGGCGAGAAGUGGAAGACCAACGUUUUGUUGACAGCCUUCCUCUGUCCCGGCGUGGUGUUUGCAGAUUUCUUUGUGAUGAACUUGAUUCUGUGGGGAGAAGGGUCUUCAGCAGCCAUGUCCUUUGGGACUCUGGUGGCCAUAUUGGCUCUUUGGUUCUGUAUCUCGGUGCCACUGACGUUUGUAGGAGCAUACUUUGGCUUCAAGAAAGCAGGUAUCGAGCACCCGGUGCGGACGAAUCAGAUUCCUCGUCAAAUCCCAGAGCAGUCGUUCUACACAAAGCCUUUCCCCGGGAUCAUCAUGGGAGGAAUUCUGCCUUUUGGAUGCAUAUUUAUUCAGCUGUUCUUCAUCCUGAACUCCAUCUGGUCUCAUCAGAUGUACUACAUGUUUGGCUUCAUCUUCCUCGUCUUCAUCAUCCUGGUCAUCACCUGCUCCGAGGCCACCAUCCUGCUCGGCUACUUCCACCUGUGCGCUGAGGACUACCACUGGCAGUGGCGUUCCUUCCUGACCAGCGGAUUCACUGCCGUCUACUUCCUGGUCUACGCCAUCCAUUACUUCUUCUCCGAGCUGCAGAUCACUGGACUGGCCAGCACCAUCCUGUACUUUGGAUACACCUUGAUCAUGGCCCUCAUCUUCUUCUUAUUCACUGGUUCAAUCGGCUUCUUUGCCUGUUUCUGGUUCGUCACCAAGAUCUACAGCGUGGUCAAAGUCGACUGAAAGCCUCCAAAGACAAAGACACAGCAGACUGUAUUUGACUGGAUGGUCCUCACCAACAUUCAGUGAUGUCAAACUGAACUGAACAUUACUACCAGAACUUCCUCCUCCUCCUCCUCAUCUCCUUUUCCUCCGGGGCGGACACAUUCAGACAGUUCUCUUUGCUUUGUGUGCCUAAAGAUGUGUGUGUGUGAGCAUGUGUGCACUGGGUUGUCAUCGUGUACAUAUAUUAAUCUAUCCGCAUAUAAUCUAAAUGGAAAGAAACAUUCCUGAACAAGUCUCCUCCCGGUAUCUUGACGCAGACUGAUGCAUUGAGCCUCAGCUGGGACCGCCCCCGGCCGUCGUGUCUUGCAUUUCUUUUUGUUUUUAUUCUAUGAUCCUUGCACUUUACGUUUGUAGUCAGACAAAUAAAGCUGCGAUGAUCGGCUACCAAACCGCUAUGUUCUCACACCCGGUGUGUUAACACAAUGCACAGAUGUGAAACGGCCCCUCGUUAUUAUUAUUUUAUAAUAUUCCUACCUGAUUUGUGUGCGACACAUCGUUGAAGAAGCAUCAAGUUGCAUGCUGUGUCCCCAAAAUGCGCCUCUGUUCACAUUUCAUUAACACUUGAAUCGCCAGCCCACAUCCUGUUUAAAAUCUGUUCACAACCAAUGAGAUCUCUCUCUGUCUCUCGAGGAGCUGGUAGAUAACUGGAGAGGUGCCGGUUCAGCCAAAGGCACGACAGCGUCCAUGAUGCGGGGAGAGACGUAGAAUCUUUUUUCAGUAUUGUAGAUCUGAUCAAAAAAAUAAGUCCAGUCCAAUCUCUCUGUAGGUCGUAAGUCACUUUCAAGCUGAAGACUCGUGUCAUUCUUCAGUAACGUCAUUUUACCAGCAGUCAGUAUUUAGAUACUCACUCUUCAAUUUCAUGUAGGAAUAUAAUUUAUUUUUUAGAAAGACUGAUUAGAAAUUGUAGUGUCUUUUUGUCCAUAUAUGGAAUGAGGGGAAUAUGGGCUUACUUCUCUUCCUUUGGAAUGUUAUGCAAGGGGUCUUUCAAGGACCCUUACCACUCCUUUACUUGGCCUUGAAAGUUACACGUCUCACAUAGCAUAACUUGAUUUGAAACCAGGUGUUCCUUAUCAAGCUAACAAUGGGCCUAUAAAUGUAACCCCCAGGAAGAGUCGGGAGGGGUUGUCCUUUUGGCCGGACACUCUCCAAGCUCUGCAGGGCUUGAAUCGAUACUGGUCUUUUUGUAAUAAACCUUUUUAUACAAUCA